ACAACCUUUCCAGCGAAGGAAGCCGGAUGCCCUAAAGUCUCGCGAGAUCCUGGUGGGGCCCAAUGGAGCGUUGGGGUCGGCUUAUCACUAGGAGAGCUUGUUGGGGGCGGAGCUCUGCCCCGAGCGGGCCGGGAGUCGUAGGUACCCGGCGUAACGGCGCUUAGGCCGAGCUACCGCGGUGCGGAGCGAAGCUGUGGCCAUGAAGGAGGAGAAGGAGCAUAGGCCUAAGGAGAAGCGAGUAACCCUCUUGACUCCCCCAGGUGCUACAGGAAGCGGCGGUGGGGCUUCGGGAGACAGCACCAAAGGGGAAGAUAAGCAGGAUCGGAACAAGGAGAAGAAAGAGGCAUUGAGCAAGGUGGUAAUUCGGAGAUUACCGCCCACUUUGACCAAGGAGCAGCUUCAGGAACAUCUUCAGCCUAUGCCUGAGCAUGAUUAUUUUGAGUUUUUUUCUAAUGAUACUAGUUUGUAUCCUCAUAUGUAUGCAAGAGCAUACAUCAACUUUAAAAACCAAGAGGACAUUAUUUUGUUCAGGGAUCGUUUUGAUGGUUAUGUAUUCCUUGACAAUAAAGGUCAGGAAUAUCCUGCCAUCGUAGAAUUUGCACCUUUUCAAAAAGCUGCAAAAAAGAAGACUAAGAAAAGAGAUACUAAAGUUGGGACUAUCGAUGAUGAUCCAGAAUAUAGAAAAUUUUUGGAGAGCUAUGCUGCAGAUAAUGAGAAAAUGACAUCUACUCCAGAGACACUGCUAGAGGAAAUAGAAGCAAAAAAUAGAGAACUAAUAGCUAAAAAGACAACUCCACUUUUGAGCUUCCUGAAAAACAAGCAGAGGAUGAGAGAAGAAAAGAGAGAAGAAAGGAGGCGGCGAGAAAUAGAAAGAAAAAGACAAAGAGAAGAAGAGAGGAGGAAGUGGAAAGAAGAAGAGAAACGAAAACGGAAAGAUAUAGAAAAGCUAAAGAAGAUAGACAGAGUUCCAGAAAGGGACAAAUUAAAGGAUGAACCAAAGAUUAAGGUACACAGGUUUCUGUUACAAGCUGUGAAUCAGAAAAAUGUAAGGACCAAGUACAUGAUACAGAGCACCUACUUUGUGGCUUCUGCUCAAGAAGCCAGAAAAAGGAGAUGAAAAAGAAACCAAGAGCGCAUCCUGCGGGAGAGAGAGAGGCUGAGGCGGCAGGAGGAAGAGCGCCGCAGGCAGAAGGAGCGCUAUGAGAAAGAGAAGGCUUUCAAGAGAAAGGAAGAAGAAAUGAAGAAGGAGAAAGAAACACUUCGGGAUAAAGGAAAGAAACCUGAAAGUACAGAGCCAGUAGGCAGCUCGGAAAAAACUGAAAAGAAAGAAGAAGUGGUUAAGAGAGAUCGCAUAAGAAACAAGGAUCGCCCGGCGAUGCAGCUUUACCAGCCAGGAGCUCGAAGCCGAAAUCGACUCUGUCCCCCUGAUGACAGCACCAAGUCUGGAGAUUCAGCUGUAGAAAAAAAGCAGGAAAGUGGUAUUAGCCAUAGAAAAGAAGGAAGCGAGGAGUGAUAAGUCCAAAUGGCCUUAGGUGUCCUGACUGUCUAGGCAGCCAAAGAGCACGAAUUAAGCAAUCCAGAAGUGCCUUCAGGGCAAAGGAAUAGAGAGAGAGAGAAAGGGGGUCGCUGUGCUGGUGGGGUACACUGCAGAGGAGUAUGUUUUGCGUUAAAGCAGGAACCCAAUUGCAGGUUCAGAUUGGAAGUACAAUUUUCAUUUUUUAUGCAGUUCCUACAAAUUUAAAGUGUCAGACAAAGCUGAGGGGGAGAGGACACGCAUUGCAGUUUGCAGGCAAGAAAUGUCAUGAGAGGACUUAUUUAGGUAUGACACGAGAAGAAGAUAGGAGAACUGGCUUUAAAAUCAAAAGGUUUUGUUAAUCCUGGAUUGAAUUUUCUUAAAUUUCAAUGCAGCAGAGUCACUGUGAAGUCUCGUUCAGAUCUAGUUAUAGUCAUUGUUGGUGGUAAAUGUUGACUUUGUGUAGUGUAGAAGCAAGAAGCAUGUAAUUGUAAUACAAGUACAGUGAAGGAUAUAACACAUUUUCACUUAUGCAGAAAUUUAAAUAGUCAUGUCAUGUCAAUAUGUUUUGUCCUAAAGUUUUAGGAUUAGUUUGGGAACCGCUACCCACUCCAGUAUUCUGGCCUGGAGAAUUCCAUGGACUGUGUAGUCCAUGGGGUUGCAAAGAGUCAGACACAACUCAGCAACUUUCACUUUCAGUUUAGUUCUUUGUUUGCUUAUGUGAGAUUAGUGUAAAAAAAUUUUUUUUAAAAACAUCUCCUUUUGCCUUUAGCAAUUUUUAUAUUUGUAAAGUUUAACCCUUAGUUGGUUCUUAACAAUCCAGUCUUUGUUUGACCUUAGGUCUCAUGAGCUGAGUGCCUACCCUCUCCAGGAAGGAAACUGCAUCAAUAUUUGUUCCUGUUAAAUAGCAACUUAGCUUGUUUUGCAUUGAUGUCAAUAAAUAUCAACAUCACUCAA